AUGAAAGCUUUUUCCGUACUUUCUACCUUUCUCCUCUCCCCCAACGGUCGAACAGAGAACUGGAUUGCUCUCUCUCUCUCUUCCCCUAAUACCCACCCAAGCAGGACAAGAAAAUGGGCGAAAGGGAACCUCCCUGGAAAAUGCUGUUUCCUUCAAACAUUUUCCGGCCAGCGAGAAGGGGAGGGCAGCAGCAUGGAUAUGGGACGGGCUGAAAUUCAGUCACCUCCUUCAUUGCUCGGCUCUGCGGUGACAACUUGGCAAGGAUUGUUUCUCGACUCAACCAACCAGAACUACAAGAAAUGUUUAAUCUUAAAAAGGAGUUGUCCAUCAAUGAUGAGGUGGGGAAGGCAAUACCCGACUUACGGAACUACACCUACAUCAACGAUUCUUAUAGAUUAUGAGGAUAUCCCGCGACUCUGA